GGCGGGGCGGGGGCGCGGCUAAAUGCGGAGGGCGGGUUCGCCCGUCACUCACGGCUCGCCGCUGUCCCGCCGUGGUUAACAAGUCCUCCGAGCUGGGAAGGUCAUGCUGCCCAACACCGGGAAGCUAGCGGGAUGCACGAUUUUUAUCACGGGUGCAAGCCGAGGCAUUGGCAAAGCUAUUGCGUUGAAAGCAGCGAAGGAUGGAGCAAAUAUUGUAAUCGCUGCAAAAACCACCCAGACACACCCGAAACUCCCAGGCACAAUCUACACUGCUGCUGAAGAAAUUGAAGCGGCUGGAGGAAAGGCCUUGCCGUGUGUUGUCGAUGUGAGAGAUGAAGAGCAAAUCACCAGUGCGGUGGAAAGAGCUGUCGAGAGAUUUGGAGGAAUUGAUAUUUUGGUGAACAAUGCGAGUGCUAUCAGCUUGACCAACACGUUGGAUACUCCUACAAAGAGAGUGGACUUGAUGAUGAAUGUGAACACCAGGGGAACCUACCUCACAUCCAAAGCGUGUAUUCCUUUUUUAAGAAAGAGCAAAGUAGCUCAUAUUCUCAAUCUCAGCCCACCCCUGAACCUAAAUCCUCUGUGGUUCAAACAGCACUGUGCUUAUACCAUUGCCAAAUAUGGCAUGUCUAUGUGUGUGCUUGGGAUGGCAGAAGAAUUUAGAGGUGAAAUUGCAGUCAAUGCCUUAUGGCCUAAAACAGCCAUACACACCGCUGCUAUGGAUAUGCUUGGAGGGUCUGGCGUGGAAAGCCAGUGUAGAAAAGUCGACAUCAUUGCAGAUGCUGCGUACUCCAUUUUCAAAAGGCCAAAAAGUUUUACUGGCAACUUUAUUAUUGAUGAAAAUAUCUUAAAAGAAGAAGGAAUAAAUGAUUUUGAUGUCUAUGCAAUUAAACCGGGCCAUCCCUUGUUACCAGAUUUCUUCUUAGAUGAACAUCCUGAUGAAAUUAUGAAGGAAACAGAAUCCCAUGCUCCUGUGCCAGAAGUAAAAGAAGAGAAGCCGCAGUCAGAGCCGCAGCCACCACCGCGGCCACAGCUGCAGUCACAGCCACCACCACCACAGCCGUCAUCACCACAGCCGCAGCUGCGGCCACAGCGACCACCACCGCUGCUGCAGCAACAGCAACCAUCUAGACCACAUUUUGGAGCUGUGGAAGAAACAUUUAGAAUUGUUAAGGACUCUCUCAGUGAUGAGGUCGUUAAAGCCACACAAGCAGUCUAUCAGUUUGAACUCUCAGGUGAGGAUGGUGGCACAUGGUUUCUUGACCUGAAGAGUAAGGGUGGGAAAGUUGGACAUGGAGAGCCCUCCGACCGGGCGGAUGUGGUUAUGAGUAUGACCACCGAUGACUUUGUCAAGAUGUUUUCAGGGAAGCUGAAGCCGACCAUGGCAUUCAUGUCAGGAAAACUGAAGAUUAAAGGGAACAUGGCCCUAGCAAUCAAACUGGAGAAGCUAAUGACCCAGAUGAAUGCCAAACUAUGAGGGACAAGAAGCAAGAAUGACUCGUAGAAGUAAAAAGCUCAACAGUUAAAAAUCUGUUGUCUCCUCCACUGUCUUAUAAGGACACAUAUGUUUGUUCUGGAAAAAUUAGAAUUUCUGUAUCUAUAAGACUUGAAAUUGUAAUUAAAACAACUAACCAAUCGUGUAUAA